AUGGGCUGUAUCAACUGUAAUGACUCGACAGAAUUUUGUACCCUCAGCUGACGAAAAAAGAUCUGUUAAUGCGUUCAUUCCCAUGUGGGAUAUGUGCAACCAUGAAAAUGGAGAGCCGUCGACGAUUUACAACGCGGAGACGAAGGAAAGCCAAUGCGUAGCGUGGCGGAAGUUCAGCGCUGGGAAGCAAGUGUUCAUUUUCUACGGGGUGAGGACGAACGCGGAUUUCCUGGUCCACAACGGAUUCGUGGCCAUGGAUAACAAACACGACGGUAUCCAGCUCAAACUGGGCAUCUCCAAAGCGGACCCUCUUCACGACGACAAGGCCACCAUCCUCAAAGAGCUCGAAAUCCCACCCGCCGGCGAAUUCCUCGUUAAAACCGGGAACGAACCGGUCGAUGGCCAACUUUUGGCUUUCCUCAGAGUCUUCAGUAUGGAAAAAGAGCACCUAAGUCAUUGGCUUGAAAAUAUUGAGCGCUGUUCAGACCUGACGCAUAUCGAUUGUGCUUUGGACACAGCUCUGGAGAAGAAAACUUGGAUGUUUUUACUCACAAGACUAACUCUUCUUCUCAAAUCUUAUCCAACUAGUCUUGAAGAGGAUUUGGAAUCUUUAAUAGAUGAAUCUCUAUCAACAUGCCAGCACAAUGUCCUGAAGCUUUUGAUUUGUGAAAAAAGGAUAUUCAAUAAGUGUAUAGAAUAUGCAAAACAAAGGAUUAAAGUUUGACAUCGUUUCCUUCUACCUGCAGCCUAAUUUUUGAAAAUAUUUCUGGCUUUGUCAGCAGUACAUAUAAGACAAGACAUAGCCUUAUCUGUGCCAUGUAAUAUAUCGAUUUUCAAUGUCUUGUUGUCCUGAUAUUAAUUUCAAUAGUCAGGCUGCAGGAUUGAAGUUUUAAGUCAUACUCAAUAGCCGUGCAAUACAUCAGUGGUCUACCACAAAAUAUGGUAGCCCUGCAUUAAAAAUUUUGAAAAAGUUAAAAAACAUUCAAGUGCAAGUCAAAAUCUUUAAAAUCGGAGGUGUUUCGUCCAAGAAACUUAAAUUUAUAUUUUAAAUAAAAUUAUCUUAGUAUUUAAUUAAAACUAAAUAAAAUCAAAUAAGAUAAAAUAUAUCUAUGUUUUGAUAAUUUUAUUUCCUUUAGUGCUAAUCUGAAUAAUUACAAUUUUAGCAGAAACUAAUCGAACCCCCUUCGAUUUUUCAGAGGGAGAAUCGGAAGGAGGUGUUUCGUCCAUAGAUUUUUAAAGAAUAAAUAGCAGUUACUAUCAUUAAAUUAAUAAAUGUAAAACUUACAACUUUGUUUAAUGUUUUAAUCAUAAGUAUCUCUAUAAUAAUUUCAUCAUCAGCAACCAUCCUGCGCGAGGGCGAAACGCAUACAGCUUGAAAGAUUUUGACAUGCACUCAAAUAUUUUUAACUUUUUUUAAAUUUUAACGAAGUUUGUGAACGGAGUUUCCUGAGAGAUAUUUUUAUUUAUUUAAGUAGCCCUGAUUUAAAUUCAUAAAUUUUUUUCUGGAAUCGAUUUCAUGGUUUUUAGACGUUCCUUUAAAGAAAAUUUAAAUUAGACAUAAUGUAACAUCGAUUCUGCAUUUAUCUCACUUAGUAACUUUCACACCAGUAAAAUGCCCCAAUAAUGGUGAGCAUAAGGUCUCAAAUGAAUCAUUUCAGAAAAGUAUAAUAUUAACAGCAUGAGUGGGCUAGCUCCGAAUUUUCCGGCGAAAAGCACCAGGUCUGACAGCCCUAAAAGGGGAGGGAGUGUAGGGUGGAAUAGGGUUCAAUAGAAACUGUCAAAGGCUUUGCAAGAUUUCGUAAUCGGUCCUGAAUAUAGCCUAUAAAUUCUACCAAAGUUCGGGGGGGCGGGGACCCCCUAGCCGCUCUGCCACUGAGUAGCAAUAUUAUUUUACACAUAUUAUGUCAUUCAGAGGGAAAAUAAUUAACUUGUAAAUAUCCACCAUCAUGGCUAGUCAUUUAUUUUUCUUUGUACGAUAUUAUUUAUUCUAAUUUUUACCUGUGAACUGUAUGGAUUAUAUGAAUGAUAUAAGUAAUUUCGUUCUCAAUCUUACUUUCCCUGUCACUUGUAAUUUGUGAACAAGAGUUAGAUAAUCUUCCAAUCAAUGAACUUUCAUACUAUGCAGGUUUUCAUUUUUUAAGGAAAAUUUUGAAACAAGCACUCUCAAACUAAGUAUAUCAUUCUAUGCAAAGAAGCCCUUCUCUUAGCUUUUGAAUCGCUCAUAACCCCAAAACAUACCCUUUGAAUUGGAAAAUUCUAACCGUAGUAACUCAAAAUUUACAACAAGUAUAAUAUAUUUUUUUGAUGAUGUAAUAAUUUGAGCCAUUUAUGAAUGAACGAAUGAAGAAGAAAACAAAAAAGUUUGGGGACUGUUUUCUUUGAGGGCGAUUUUAGGGCUAAGGGCCUUUGUCCUUCUUCAUUGGGCCCCUUGUUUAUGUCUGAGCUACGAAGAAAGUUACACAUUUCUCCUCAAAAUUUUAUACAGAAAGCAAUUCACACAACAGGAAGAUCGGAAAUCAACUUUUGAACGAGAUAUCUUAUAAUAGGUAUUAUCAAACAAAUCAAAUGGAAGUCAAGAGUAUAUGAAAACGACAUCAUUUGAAAAGGUCUAAACAGAAUGAGUUAAGCUACACUAGAAGCUGCCUAAUUUUUUCUGGUGUUUUAUUUUUGCAACAAAAAACUAAGCAACCCUGGAACUUGAAAUUUUGUGAGAAUAUAUUCUUCAUCAUCCAGGUUGAAUUCACAUAAUGUUUACAGGCAAUAAAUAGUUUGGUUUUCUGUUUAAAGAAAAGAGGAAAAAAAGAAGAAGAAAAAA